AUGGACUAUAAGUUGUCUAGAGGUAGACGUUUAGUGCAAGCGGUACAUGAUGCUAACGGAAAUAAUGAAAGAAACGAAAACAUAUCAGCGAAAGAGAACAUUAACGACUAUCAGAAAUGUAUUCCCGAGGUACAACAAACACUCCCUGUUAUAGUGUUGACUGAAGAUUCUUGCUUUACGGAUUAUGUUUCUCUAAAUUCAUUUAAUAUGGAAGAAGAACAUCUUCCCUCUACAGAUCAUAUAAUUCCACGUUGUGUGCCUUCUUCAGAACAAGAAGUUUUACCAAUACAACUGGAGUUCGCACACGAUACAAACUCCGAAAGCUCAAGGGAACAAAUCAUUUAUUUAGAAAAAACAAACGAUUCUCAGGAACCAAUCACGCUAACAAAUACUCAUGAUGAUGAACGCCCGCUGUCUUCAUCUCUUCUCAAAAACGAAUCCGAUAAGUUUAUAGAUCCCAAUAAUCACAACAUGAAUGAAGGAAGAAAACGGCGAAAGAAAGCCGACCCUAGCCAGUGGAAGAGGAAUAUUAACAAAAAAUUACGUAUGGAAGGGAAGGCGUACUUAGGAUUCAGAAAAGCCGGGUCUACAGUUAUUCAGGAUAUACCAAGGGACGAACGUAAAAUAAAACCAACUUGCAUGAGUACUGUUUGUGCUAACUCAAAGAAACGAAAUUGCCAAUAUUUCACCCAAGAACAGAGAGAAUCAAUAUACCAACGAUUUUGGGGCCUAACUUGGGGAGAGCGCAAAGCAUUUGUUUGUGGAUACGUGACUAAGAUUGCAAAAAAAACAAACACAACCGAUGGUGACUCGAGGCGUAAUUUUACGUUAAUUUAUAAUUUGAAUAAUGGGCAACAAAAUUAUCAAGUUUGUCGAGAUAUGUUCCUAAAUACUUUAGGAAUCGGCUACAGAAUGGUCCAAUCGUGGGUAAACGAUAGCUCUCAUGGAAUUCCAGCUACAAUAAAAAUCAAAGAUACUUCCGUUAAUAAUGUGGUGAGGUCACAGGAAGAUUUUUUAAGUAACUUUUUGGAUAGUUUACCAAAAAUGCCAUCUCAUUACAAUAGACAAAAUUCAUCAAAACUGUACCUGGAACCUGUUCUUCAGACUAUUAAAGAUGUUUAUAAACUUUAUUUAGUUAAAUGUAAUGAAACCGGACAACCAAGUUUUAGUCGCAAAAAGUUCAGUGAAGUUAUGAGCAGCAAAAAUAUUUCCUUGUUUAACGUCAAAAAAGAUAAAUGCAAUUUAUGUGCUAGCUAUGAAGCAGGAAAUUUACAGGAAGAGUCUUGGAAAGAACACAUAGAGAAGAAAGAAAAAGCUAGAAAGGAAAAACGGGAAGAUAUAGAAAAAGCUAAUAGAGGAGAAAUAAUAUUAAUAGAAGUAGACUUCCAGGCAGUUAAACUAGCGCCAUUUACUCAUGCUAAUGCUUUCUACUACAAAACAAAACUAGCCUGCCAUAACUUUACAAUAUAUGAUAUCGUAAAAAAACAAUCAACUUGUUACUGGUUCUCCGAAGACCAAAACAAUCAAUUAGUAGCAUCUACAUUUGUCUCAUGUUUGAUUCAUUAUCUGAAAAAAAAAUGCAUAACUGCAGAAAAAAAACCUAUCAUAAUAUUUUCUGAUGGGUGCACUGCUCAAAACAGAAAUAAUGUGAUGGCAAAUGCUCUGCUAAAUUUUAGUAUGCUUCACGGAGUUUUGAUAUAUCAAAAAUAUCUUGAGGUCGGUCAUACCCAGAUGGAGGUGGAUUCUGUUCAUGCAUGCAUCGAGAGAAAAUUAAAAAAGAAAGAAAUCAAACUCCCCAGUGACUACGUGUCUAUUACUAGAGAAGCACGUGAAAAGCCAACACCAUACGAAGCCAUAGACCUUACUUACGACUUUUUUCGAGACUAUACAAAGCCUUUACGAUAUAAUUCUAUUAGACCUGGUCGAAUGAAACAUGAUCCAACAGUAACCGACAUAAAAGUGAUAAGCUAUCAUCCUUCGGGAAUAAUUAAAGUAAAACUAGACUUUUCUGAGGAACUAAAAGAUUUACCACAAAGACCAAAACGAUUUGAUGCCGUACAAUCGUAUCCACCAUUAUUUACAGCACGAUGUUGUAUAUCCAAAACUAAGUGGUUACAUCUGCAAGAACUAAAGUCUGUCAUACCUAAGGAUUGCCAUUAUUUUUAUGAUAAUUUGCCCUGCCAAGGCUAA